AUGGAUUAAAAGAAUUAUUUGAAAACUAAGGUAUCUUUAUAAACUCCUGCUUAAUUAGAAUAGUAUAUGAAACAAAUCAAUUAACUUAAUGAAUAAGGGGUUUUCAAAAUCAAACUUUAAAAAUAUUAGGAAGCCCUAUUAUUACUGUAAUAAUCUGAAAAGAUGUUGGAAUACGCAGCAAAUUGUGGCAAAUAAAUAGAUAGAGAUCUGAUUAUUGUCAUACUCUACAAUUAGGCUAGCAUCUAUCAUUGUUAAUGGAUUUUAUCUAAAUGCUCAUUUUAUUUGACUGGAGUUAUAUACAAUUUGAAUGAGAGUGUGAAAGAUAAAGAUGUAAUUUCAAUUAAUGUGACGAAUUAAUAAGAAAAUGAUUCAACUUUAGUAAAAAAAAAAUCAUUUCUAGCAAGAGCUUCAUUAUAACAUACUGCUAUAUUGAGUCAAUUGGGAAAACAUAAAUAGGCUUUAUAAUCAGCAAGAAAAGCAGCAGAAAUCAUGAGGGAAGUGUUUUAAAAGACAUGGAAAUUUUGCAAAGAUUGGAUUAACAACAAUUAAUUUUCAGAAUCAGUAACUACCAAUACUUCUUAUUUGAACAAUAAAUCGAAGCAAAAAUAAAAUAAAUUUUAAAUGAAAGAUGAAGUUGAAUUUAGUAGAUUAGUAAUUAAUUCAGGAAAGGAUAUAUUAUUAGACAUGUUGAAUUACUAGGAUUUAGAUAAUAUGUCAAAUGAUGAAUAGAUGAUUUUGAGAGAAGCUAAAAAGCAAUUGUAUUUUUGGAAGAAUAAUCCAAAAAACAACGAAAAACAUAUCCGAAAAGAAUUAAAUUUAAACACCAAAGAGGAUGAUUAUCGCUCAAUCUUAGGAGUUCAAAAUGUUGAAGAGUGGAUCUAAUCAUUUAAUAUUAGUUAUAUUAUGCAUAUGGCUCCAUUAAUUUAUAGUGAAAUAACAUAAUAAGGUGAAAUGUUAUAUGAGAUAUCCAAAAGAUUGUUAUUGGAAAAAAUAAUAUAUUUAUCAAUCUCAUACUUCACUAUUGCAACCGAAUUAAGAUUUAUAGAGUUAGAAAAAGCAAAGCAAUAAGGAAUCAAAGAAAUCAAUACUGAAGAAUUUAAAUUAAGUGAGUUAUAUCAUCUAAAAGCUAUUGAAAUUGCAUGUAAACAUAUUGCUUGUUCCUCUCAAUAUAUUAAUCAUCUCAUUACUACUUAUCAUAAACAUUAUAAUUCUAAUUUAGAUACUAUUCAAGAAGAAUCAAUUACUUCGAUGAUAUCAGAUUUUAAUUAUAAAGAGUUAAAAUUGAAAUAGUUUAAAUAAUUGCAAAUUCAAACCUAACGAGAAAAUUAGUUAUUGCUAUAGAAUAUAGCUUAAUAAAAACUUAAAGAUUCUUCUCAUAAUGAAAGACUAGUUAACUCAUUUUAGGGUUAGUUAUCUCCACUUAAAAAUAACAGUAAUAUAAGUGAUAAUAUUAAGACUUAAGCCAAUAUGAUGGAUUAGAUGAUUUACAAAAGAAAAUACUAGAUACCAUUUGGUAUCACUUCAAAAUAAAAAUUUAAAUUUAUGAAUGCAUCAACUAAUAAUAGUUGCGAAAGAGUCAAUGAAAAAAUGUUAAAACUUUAAGAUGGUCUUCCUAUUCAAUUAUAACCAUUUAAAUCAGCUAGAACUAUCUUAAACCAUUUAAUUCAAUAAGUACCUCUCUCUCAAUUCAAUAAUACUGGAUUUUAAAAGUUCUCCUUACUUGAAAACUCCAGAUUUGAUCGACAAAACUUUAGAUAAAAUAACUCCCCUAAAAUUGAAGGAAGAACCCCAAACAAGUCUCCAGAUAAAUCUUUUCUGAAUUAUGGGCCCAAAACAUCUUUCCUUAUCAACAAAACUCCUCCGCGUAUUACUAGGUUGGAAAGUGAACUAAGUAAUAAUUAAACUUUGAAUAAAGAAUUUUCAAUAAAGCUGGACAUUUUGCAAUAACAAUAGAUUGGAAAAUCAUAUUAUAAAUAAAAAAGAAAAUGA